CACACACACACACACAUACGCUCACUUACGAAUGUUACAGCAAAGACACUGAUUGUGACAUAAACAAUGCCUGGAAAGGGACUCGCUGCUUCAGAAUUACUUGAUGAGAAACACCGCAUAUCAUCGACGGUUUAAUGUAUGAUUUUUACGUCAUAAAUCUUGCUUUAAGAUGGAACACGUUAUUUUUCAUGUUUUUUUAGAGGGAGAUAAGGAGACUAGACUCAUCUGACCAGUGUGCAGCAUUUAUUUGAUAAUCAUAACGUCAGACAGGGAUUGUCACCAUUACUGGAUUGUCAACGUUUUUUUGGAUACAUUACUGCAGCUAUUGUUAUUUCAAGCUAAAUAAAUAUUUCGAGGUCUAAUUACUAGGAAACUGGGAGGACAUUUCGUAAUGAUAUAAAACAGAAAGGAAGGAUGGAUUUUUUUUAAACCUCGGGCUACUGCUGCCGUUUUCCUUCUGGUGGAUUGAGUAUACUUUUCGUUUGAAGAAAUAAGAAAACGUUUAACAUUGACAUAUUGAAUUUACUUUUUUGUUUGCGAGACCACGACUCUUGCUGUCCACCUUGGGUUACCCGACCAAAGAGCAAUAUUUUAUUUUGCAGUCUGAUGUUAUUUGCAAAGUGAAACAAGGAUUAAACAUUCCAGUCACAGUUGCCUGUUGUGUGUGGCAGGCUACAUUGUGAGGGGGACGGUGGUGGUAAGAAAGAAAGCUAUUAAUAGCUCAUGCAAUUCUAGAAAACUAUCACAACUGGUGCAUUAGCUUGUGCGGCUGACGGAAUCGAAUUUAGAUUUCUUGCAUGCAAUUCGCAGCUGACUGGUCUCCAACACCUAAACGGUCGAUUUCGUGUUCAAUUAGGGGAUAAUAAACGCGUAAUAAACUACAGCGUUUUUCUAGAAGUUCUCGGACUAAGCACUAAUUUUGAUGGGGUUUUACGCUCUGGAAGAAAAUAAUAGAUCGACUUCACAUGGAUUAUUAUAUAUAUAUAUACAUUUUUUAAAUUAAUAAUUAAAGUAGGGCUAUCAUCAGAACGACUGGAAUGGAAACCGAUUGACAUUUCUCUCCAUGGAUUAAGACACGGAUACAUUUUAGCCUAGCCUACCUGCUUUCUGCGUUUGACAAUGAUCAGGUUUGGAUCGCCUGAGCUGGACUGUAACAAUGUUCUGAUCUGCGAACCCACUUGGAUGUACGAAAACAAACCAUUAGUUUGGUAUACAGUCAACGCGGGUUAUUGAUACAUUUUGAAUUCUUUCUUUGUUGACAAAAUAAUUGAGCUACUUGAGGUUAGCUGUUGAUCUGUUAGACAAUUUCCCGUGUUUUGGCGGUGGCGUGGCAGACUUGUGAGGAAACCGAUUUGCCACCACUGCUCGGUUUUGAUACCGAUCAAGGAUUUCGAAAUGCCCUGCACUGACGACCCGAUCGGCGGACGAUUAUGACUACAGCAGCGAAUUGGGUGGCUAACGGGGCAAGCCUUGAAGACUGCCACUCCAACCUCUUCUCUCUGGCGGAGCUCACGGGCAUCAAAUGGCGGUGCUACAGCUUCCGCGGCGGUGGCGAGUACGGACCGGUGAUCUCAGCGCCGGCACAGGAUGACCCGGUACUGCGCAGCUUCAUACGCUGUGUGCAGGCCAACCUGCUGUGUGUGUGGCGCCGCAAAGUCAAGCCUGACGCCAAGGAGCUGUGGAUCUUCUGGUGGGGCGACGAGCCCAACCUCUCCGACGUCAUCCAUCACGAGCUGGAAGUGGCUGAGGAGGGACUAUGGGAGUGUGGGCUGUCAUAUGAAUGCCGGACCCUCCUGUUCAAGGCCAUUCACAACCUGCUGGAGAGGUGUCUGAUGGACAAGGACUUUGUGCGGAUUGGGAAGUGGUUCGUCAAGCCAUACGAGCUGGAGGAGAAGCAUAUGGGCACCAGUGAGCACCUGUCGUGCUCCUUCACCUUCUUCCUGCAUGGGGAGAGUAACGUGUGCACCAGCGUAGAAGUCGCCCAGCACCAGCCUGCCUACCACAUCACUGACGACCACACCCGCCUGGCCCAGAUCUCCUCAGCCCCCGUACAAGCUAUCCUGAGUCCGUACGGUCUGGCGGGCUCCCUGACGGGCAAGCCUAUGAUGAGUGACCCAGCUGUAAGAAAACUGAUGGAGGAGUGGAGCUACUUUCUACCCAUGGUGCUUCAGCGCCACAGAGAAGGGGGCACAGGGGGCGCAGGCACGGGGGCAUGUGGCGCCGAGAGGGAGGCACUGACCGACCAUAUGACCACACAGCCAUCCUUUGUGCUGGUUGCCCAAGGCACCUCCUGUGGAGGAGCCCCCACCUGCCAGGGACUGAGGCCCAGGGGGCAGGCAGAGACCCGAUCUCACUGCCUAGGCAUCCCCCUCCGCACCCCCCACCGUCCACCUGAACAGCCCUGCUCAGCGGACAGUGGCUUUGUGACAACGGUGUCCAGCGUCCUCCCUGCCCAGGACAGUGCCAUGGGGGUCACCAACAGCCCAAAACAUUCUGGGAAGAAACUGACCAAUCAGGUGGUGCAUGAGGCGUGGAAGGAGUGUUAUCUUAACCAUCUGCAACACAAAUGCAGUGGGCCCAGUAGCGUGACGCCAAAGAAGGAGGCGCCAAAUGGGGUGCCCACCUGGGACUUCACCGACCCAGAGGAGAGGACACCAUGCAGCUGCUCCAGGUUAAAGCAGCAGAAACAGCAGCAACAGACCAACACCUCCUCUGCCAACCCUCCGUCUGGUGCCAACACCACCCCCUCCUCUGGCCCGGCCCUCCCCGCUCCCUCCCUGCUCAAGCACAAGGCCACGGACAAACCCGAYAAAGCCGACAAACAGCCGAAGAGAGCCGCCGCCAUGACCCCCUUCCACCACCGCCUCUCUGUGGGCCAGGAGGCCUGCCUGGAACAAGACUCAUCUGGAGGGUCCCAGCUCGGCCUAGUCAGCCUGGACCCUCCCCUGGAUCCCAUGCCCAGCUGCAAGUACCCCAAGCCCCUCUCCGCCGGCAGGAAAGCUCCAGAGUCCCUGCUCCACUCCCCUGUCUCCCCAUUACCCCCCACGCUCAGCCCCCAUCCACGGGGGGGACAGGACCCUGAGGAACUGGAGACCUCUGUGGGCAUGGCCCUCUGUCCGGAUGGGGCGUCAGGGAUGGGGGUGAUGGAACCCAGUGAGACGGCUCUGUAUGCAGCCCCUCUGGGGCCCAGGGAGAGGGAGGCUGGGGCAGGCUGGUGGAGGGGCUUCAGGACUCCCAGGGCUGAUAAGGCUGAGUUCAGGCCUCCAGAGCUCCCCAGUGACAGAGUGGAAGUAAAGACAGAGACGCAGGCCACUGAGGGAGUUGCACUGAAGAGACUAUUCAUGCAGACACAGAAGCGCUUCAAGAUCUCGGAGGAGUGUGUUAGGGCACACAUCCAGACCAUGGGUCUCCUGCAUCAGCCUGGGGACCCCGGGGAUGACCCCUACGACUUCAAGGAGGGAGACAUCGAGUACAGCUUCCCCACCUCCAAGAGACUGAAGGGCCAGGGCCGAGACCCCAGCAAAAGAGGCCCCAAAGGAGAGGAGAUCAGCAACGGUGCACUGCCUGAUGGGAAAGACGCCAUGUCCAUCUUUAGCUCUGCUCCCAAAGCUGAUGAUGACUCACCGCAGGACGAUGAUGCGGCGGCCAAAGCUCAAAACCCUUCUCUAACCAGGGAGACUGAUCUGGUGGUCCUCAUCUCAGACCUGGAGAACAUCUUCGACGAGGAUGAGGAGGAACUUAGGACUGCUUGCCCCAACCAGCACACAGCCAGGGUCCUGGUAUCAGGAAGUGAAGAUCGGAGGGAAGGGAGGGUGGCUGUGCCCUAUCCUUCAACAGUAGCAGACCUCCAGCGGAUGUUUCCCACACCGCCUUCCUUGGAGCAGCACACCGGCCUUCUCCCCAUUCAUGACAACCGUGACACCCCCAGCCAGGAGCCCCCAGCCCCCGUCGGCGGCUCCGACUACCCCCUGGGCCCCCUGUCCUCCACCCAGCUCCAGGAGUACCGGAUGGAGGUGGAAGAGGGCAUGGCCAGUCCAAAACCUGAGGACAUCAAGGACUUCUCAUUUGUGUACCGUGUCCCCUCCGUCCAGCCACAGAUGGGCUGCUCCAUGUUUGCUCCGCUGCGGACCCUCCCCAGCCAGUGCCUGCCCCCCCUCAAGUUGCCUGACCAGUGUUACUACCGGCCUUCCUGGGCCCUGCUGCCCAAGAUGGAGCACUACUCCUCCCUGCCACCCUCUCAUCACACCCCAUUCAUCAGAGAUGGAUAUGUCAACAUCCCCAGUGUUGGGGACCAGGAGUAUGCCCAGUUGAGUGCCAGCGCCCUGUCCGUGGGCACCACCGGUGGCAUCCUCCCCUCACCCUCCCCUGCCACCCCCCGCUUUUCUGUCCCCACCCCUCGUACCCCCCGCACCCCCAGAGGCAUUGGCACGGCCAGCGGGCAGGGCUCGGUGAAGCAGGAGGGCACCGGGACAGAGCUGAGCUCCCCUACCUCCACGCCUUCCACCAGCCUGCCUAUGAGCUCCGUAGCUGAGCCCCAUACGUCCAGCCCUCCAAUACCCGAGGCCCACAGCCUGUACGCCGCCCUGCUUCUCUCUGACUCGGUCCUCAACGUCUUCAAAGACCGCAACUUUGACAGCUGCUGCAUCUGCGCCUGCAACAUGAACGUGAAGGGUGCCGACGUGGGCGUGUACAUCCCCGACUCCACGCUUGAGGACCAGUACCGCUGCAUGUGCGGCUUCAGCGCCAUCGUCAACCGCCGGCUGGCCCACGGCACGGGCCUCUUCCUGGAGGACGAGCUGGACAUCUUUGGGAGGGGCUCGGAGGUGGGCCAGGCGGCUGAGAGGAGACUGGCGCUUUGCCGCAGAGACCCACCCAUGGGAGACCCCCGGGCCAAGCGCCCCCAGGACUCCUCCCCUGCCCCUUCCUCUGUUAUGGUGCUCCUCCAGCAGCAGUGUUCCCAGCCCAUCUCCUCCCUGGCCUCCAUGCAUCUCCCUCCUUCCUGCUCCUGCAACGGCCGCCAGGGGGCCCUAAUCCAGAGCUGGAUGGCUGACAAGCAGUGGGUGGAUGGCAGUGAUGCAUGUGUGGAGUGUUACAACGCGCUGGUACAGGGGCAGCAGUAUGUGGAUAACCCCGCCGGAGGGAAAGUAGAUCCAGCUGUUGUGAGAAGCAGCGCUCUACAUUCCUGGCCUCACACCAAUAUGCUGGACAUCAGUAUGCUGUCAUCCCAGGACGUGGUGCGUAUGCUGCUGUCGCUGCAGCCCUACCUCCAGGACGCCAUCCAGAAGAAACGGAUGGGCCGGACAUGGGAGAACAUCCAGCACGUACAAGGACCGCUCACAUGGCAACAGUUCCACAAGAUGGCUGGACGGGGCUCCUACGGGUCCGAGGAGUCGCCAGAGCCUCUGCCUAUUCCCACCCUGUUGUUGGGCUACUACGACUACUACGACCGUAACUUCCUGGCGCUGUCGCCCCUGGCGCUGCCCUUCUGGGAGAAGCUGCUGUUGGAACCGUACGGGGGACAGAGAGACGUGGCCUUCCUGGUGCUCUGCCCCAACUCUGACACCCUGCUGGCUGGGGCACAAGUCUUCUUCCAGGAGCUCAGCYCUGUCUACGAGACAUGCCGGUUGGGGAAACACAGACCCCUGGCCAAGGUGUCCAGAGAUGGCRUGGUGCGUGUGGGGGCAGUGGACACAGAGACAGAAACAGAGAAGGAGAAAGAGAAGGAGAGGCAGGAGGAGGAGAAGGUAGACCAGUGGUUCACAGGGCCAUGGGCUGGACAGCAACACAUCGACAACCUCAGAAAACUUAAACUCUAUGCCCGAGCCUGCAGAAYGCAGCUAGGUCCACAGUUGUCUGCCCUGUCUUUGGACAGUAGUCUGUUUAUACCCCCCAAGCAUCAGCCUCCCUUAGCCCCUACACCCUCCUCAGCCCAGCCUGCCCCCUCCUCCAGCCAGCCCCCCUCUGGCCCCAGGGUCCCUGCUGAGGGAGAGCCAGCGGCAGCCCCUAGCUCAGGAAGCACCCCCACCCCCACGGCAGCAGCCUCGGACCAACCAGGCCCAGCAGAGAUUACCCAAGGAGGGGCCGCUGAGGCCAAGACUACCCCCAAUGCCACACCACCACCACCUCCACCCAGCCAGCCAGCAGAGACCCCUGAGAGUUUGGCGGAGCGGGAGCGAAUCGGCAUCCCCACGCUGGCGGACUCGGCCGAUAGCCAUGCCCACCCCCCGGCCAUCGUUAUCUAUGUGGUGGACCCCUUCCUGUGCUCAGGUGGAGCGAGGGAUGGCGGAGGAGGUGGAGAGGAGGAGGAGGGAGAGGAGGUGGAGGCGGGCAGUGUGUGGUUACUAGGGCUGCUGCGUUGCUACACAGAGAUGCUAAAGACAUUGCCGGAGAGCAUGAGACCAGCUCUGGUGUUACAGGUGGUGCCUUGUCAGUACCUGCUCCAGCCAGCCAGUGGUGAGAGCCCUCUGUACCUGCAGCACCUGCGCGCCCUGGCCUUCUCAGCCUACUCCCAGUGCAGACGCCUCCUACCCACAAAGACACACAUCAAGUCUCUAACCGGUUUUGGCCCCGCUUCCACCCUAGAAUCUGUGCUCAAGAGCCCAGAGCACCCCAGCCCUCUACAGGGCUACUCUCCCCCGUACAUCCUAGGUCCUACCCGUGCCAAGAUGCCGGAGCCAGGGGAGGUGUGGGCAGAGAUCCCUCCUAGGUACAACGUGCUGUUUGUGGGCUACUGCCUGUCCCACGACCAGCGCUGGAUCCUGGUGUCCUGCACCGACCAACAGGGAGAGCUACUGGAGACCUGCAUCAUCAACAUCGACGUGCCCAACAGAGUGCGGCGGCCCAAGGUCUCGGCCAGGAAGAUGGGGCUGCAGAAGUUAUGGGACUGGUGUGUCGGCAUCAUCCAGAUGACCUCACUGCCAUGGAGGAUCGUGAUUGGUCGGCUGGGCAGACUAGGACACGGGGAACUGAAAGACUGGAGCGCUCUCCUGGGGGAGCACUCCCUCCACUCCAUCAGUCGCCAGCUGAAGGAGGCGUGUCGUAUGUGCGGCAUCUCCUCCGCGGACUCCCCCUCCAUCCUCAGUGCCUGCCUGGUUGCCAUGGAGCCCCAGGGCUCCAUCGUGGUGAUGCCAGAUGCGGUUACAAUGGGCUCGGUGUUUGGUCGCAGCACGGCCCUCAACCUGCAGACGUCCCAGCUGAACACCCCCCAGGAUGCUUCCUGUACCCACAUCCUGGUAUUCCCCACCUCCGCCACCACCCAGCUGGCCGCCAGCUCCUACCCCACAGAGGACAACGCCGAUGACAUGUUCGACCUGCCUUUCCCUGAUGAGCUGGAGAAUGACAUAGGACAUGACAUUCUAAACCUGCACCCUUCCCCCAACACCUCCCCCGUACCCUCCCCUGGCUCCCCCUCUGGCAUGGGGGGAAGCUCACACUUCCAGCAUAACAGGAGUCAGGGAGAGAGGCUUCUGUCUAGGGAGAACCCUCCGGAGGAGCUGAAGCAGCAGCCUCUAGCCCUGGGAUACUAUGUCUCCACUGCCCAGGCCGACAGCCUGCCUCACUGGUUCUGGGCCUCCUGCCCUCAGGCUCAGAACCAGUGUCCACUCUUCCUCAAGGCAUCGCUACACCACCACAUCUCCAUCGCCACAGCCCAAUCAGACGAGCCCAAUCAGACGAGCUCAGACAAGACCACUAAGAGGACGCCUCACCCUCUGGACUCCAAGACCACCUCUGACGUGCUCAGGUUUGUGUUGGAGCAGUACAACGCCCUCUCGUGGCUGACGUGUAACCCUGCCACCCAGGACCGCCGCUCCUGCCUGCCCGUCCACCUGGCCGUGCUCACACAGAUGUACAAUGCCGUCCUCAACAUGCUCUAGCGAUGGGACUUACUAAUGGACAGCUGAGGAAACUGAGUACUGUACAAUCCAUGGCCUCUGAGGUCAUGUGCGCCUGCCUGCCUGCAAUGCCUCUGCCUGGACACCAGAGAGCGCUGGAGGUCUGUUUUCUUUUAAUGAAUGAACGCAUGGGACGAGAUUUAUGGACCCCUUUUACACCUGGUGUUAUCAUGCGAUCUGUGAUCGAAUCGUGGCCAUAUUUCAGUGGAUUGAUGGCCAAAAUGGUGGCAGGAGAACAACAGAUGGUCCUUGGUUGGGAAAACAAACAAACGCCUAUGUACAGUACAGAGACUUUUGAACAUGAACAGUUUGGUCAGCCGUGAGACCAGCCUAGUGCAAUUCUUACCUUUAGAAAACGUCUCUUGUAAGAUGUGAUGUGCCAACAACCAUUGUACAUUGAAAAGGCACAUACAGCCUGAGAGAGAAGAUGGAGAUAUCCAACUAUGCCCUUUUUAUUGUCAUAAUAGGACAUUUCAGUGUUACACUUGUCAUUAUCAGAUCAGCAUUGUUGUACAGGAGGACUUUUCACCUUGUUCCUGUGAGACUGAAGAUUUUUGAAGCCAUGGAGGAGGCUUGUUAAAGGGUGGACUAUGUGAAUUACAGUAUGGUCCUGCAUGAAGAAUUGGACCAUGUCCCUUACCAGCCAUGACAGUGAUACCUUGGGAGCUAUAAAAGCCUCAUGUAGGAUGGGAGCCUGGGAGUCACGUGCAUAAAAGUCCUGAAUCUGCCCCACACUGCACAACCAGGGAACCAACUGACCACAGCAGKAGAGCAGCUUCUUACCUUCAAUUUGACACAUUUGUAUAGAACUGUGGUUGUAAUGGCUCAAAGUUUAGUAAUGAAAUUCAUACCAACAUUCAUAAGAGGGUGAAGAACACAACAAUUUCCUGUGAGGGGAAAAGCAUUUGAUAAUGACACUUUUUCCUUACUUUUGGAAGUAACAGUUGUAUUGCUGUAGAUAUGAACACACUGAAUACUAUUUGACAAAUCUUUAUAGUGUAAAAAAAUUCAUUUGCAAAGAAUUGAGACUUAUUUUUAAUAUUUAAAACGACAUUUUGAACACAGAAAAAUGAUCAAGGCCCUUUCCAAAUUUAAUAUCAAUCGCCUUUGGUCGGAAAUGGAAAUUGUCCUUUUAAAGGAAAUUGUAACAAAAAUUGUUAAAAUGCCAUAUUUAUAUAUAGUAUAUCAUGCAUAUAAAUUCAAAUAUAUAUAUGUAUAUAAAUAUAUAUAUAUAUAUUACCUCUCUAAAACAACCACGUGAUGGUGAUGGGGGUUUAUACACAACUUUCUUUUUGAAGAGGCAAAUACAGUAUACAUCUUUUAUUAAAGACAAUGCAUUUUAGUUCUAUACUUUUAAACUUUUUCAAUUAUUGAAAUGUUGACUUUUAGCCUUUUUAUUGAAUCAGUUUAAGUUAAGGUUCUUAAUACUGCAAAGAUAUAUUUAUAAAGUGUCUCUCUUCUCCUGCUAAAUAAACUUGAAAUAGGCAAUAGACUUCAAUGUUAUGUAUUUGAGAGUUACUUGGGUGUUGUAUAUUUAACUAAUAUGCUUUACUUCAGCGGUGGUCCCAAAUGAUGUCAAGCAAACCAUCAGAAAAGCCUAUUUCUUGAGCUCCUCCACUCAAAUAGCCCUGCUAUUUGUACAAUUCCUAGCAUGUUUGUAUACACUUUUCAGCUGUGUUUUGGGAAUUUCUCAAAGCUGUACAUUUCACGCCGGUUUGAUUUACUUUAUAUUAAGUGAUUCCUAUGAAGUAUUUUUUGGCACUGGCUUUUUCAAAUAUAAAUAUAUGCAUAUGAAGUCUCAUUCAAAUACAGCCAAGGGUGUAAUGCCAAUACUUGUACACUAAAGUACAAAAGAGGACAAGUUUGCAAAUUUGUUACAUCUGCCAUCACUUUGAAUAUGAGACAGAUCAAUCUUGGAGAAGAGAUCUGUGACUUUUACACUCUUUUUUUAGUAAAUUAUUAAAACUCUUGACAAAUAAA